AAUAGUCCAAGCUCCACUAGUGCCACGAAGACGAUCCUGGAUCUUCUGCAGUCUCAUAUUCUCCCCCAUCAAUGUUCUGUUCUCAAUCUUUGUGAUUAAUUUAUUCUUAGCGUAGUCCUAUUGUUGCAGAGAGUCAUCUUCACUUUGUUGAAGUGAGGUGUUUAGUUUGAAUUUGUUGACAAAUUAAUGGCGGAAAUGAUAGGGCCUCGCUUCUACUGCUGUUGUAAUUGCAGAAACCAAGUCUCACUCCACGAUGACAUCAUUUCUAAGGCUUUUCGGGGAAGAAAUAGCAGAGCUUUUCUGUUCUCCCAUGCAAUGAAUAUUGUAGUAGGGCGAAAAGAAGACAGGCAUCUCAUGACUGGCCUUCACACUGUUGCUGAUGUUUAUUGUGGUGAUUGCCGCGAAGUGUUGGGUUGGAGGUAUGAAAGAGCUUAUGAAGCAUCACAGAAGUACAAGGAAGGAAAAUUCAUACUUGAAAAGUCAAAAAUUGUCAAGAACUGGUAGAGUUCUCUUAUGCUCCUUAUUCCAUUCAUUCCAGUCUUGCUGAUGGUUCAUUUAUGCUUUUAUGAUGUACAGGCGGUUCUCAUCUUACCUAUAUGAAAUUUGUCAUUGUUUUUCCAAUUUCGUUAUUCCCUACUGGUGUGACUAGAAGUGAAGUAAUAAGAUAAACUGUUUAUUCCUUGUUCAUAAAAUUGUGUAUUCCUUGAAUUUGUAAUUUCUGAUCCAUGAAUAUGAAGGCUGCAAUUUUCUGGAUGGAAAGAUGAUCAAAGGAUAGAGCAAUGAAAUGUA